UGUUGACACUUUUUGCCGUCAAUGGCGUUUGAUAGACGCAACUGUGUCGAUGUGUCAGAGAAAUUUUAUACUAUAUUGGAUUUUAUAUGACGUUACGGUCAAAUAGUGAGAUGUAAUUAUAGAAGUGGCAUUUACAAAUUAAUUGUAAUAGAUAGUAGUGUCAUAGAGAACGUGAACAUUCUAAUUACGGAUGUUUAAAAUUGGAAUGUUCAAUGGCUGUGAAUAUGGAAGUAGAAAAGAAUAUAUCCAAAGAGAUUGACACUCAACUUUUAGCAAAUAAUUCGAUGGAAUUUAAUAAUGAUAUUCAGAUAGACAACGAAAAUAUUAAAGAUAUCGAGAAUUCAUUGUCUUCUCUUAAAAAUAUAACGAUUGAUAGCGAGAAAUGUGACGAUACUAUUAUAUACGCACAAGUUGAAAAUUCUCAAAUUUAUGCAAAAAAUUUAGAAGAUAAUUUAAUGUCUACCAAUGAAAGAGAAGAAAAAAGUGAUGAAGAUAAAGAAAAAGAAUUAUCACAAGAUGAAGAAGUUUUAAAAAAUGAUUGUAAGACUGAAAAAAUAGAAGUAACAUCAGAAAAUUCUACUGAUGGUUAUGUAUCUCAAGCUCCAUUAGCUUUCACAAUUGACUUUGGCAAUAAGGAAAUUGAUACAACAAAAUAUCAAAAUUUAUUUGAAAGAUAUAAUGCUAGACAUAAAAGAAACUUAUCUACAUCUAAGGUAGAAAUAAAUACAAAAAAACCUGGUACUUUAGUUUCUUCAAAUUUAAUGCAAAAACAAAAAGUUUCUAGUAUACAUUCUGAAGGUUAUUUUAGUAGUGAAGAUGAUACAAGACGAAAAACAGAUCAAUUAUCAAAAAAAAUUAAAACUUUAGGUUCAAAAUCACUUUUAAAACCAUCACAUAUUUUUAAAGAAUCUGAAUCUAAUGUGAAAGUAUCAAAUUUUCAAAAUAAACAAGAUAUAAUGAGUAAAUCUUUUGAACAAUCAAAACAACUUAAACUUCCUUAUAAAAAUCUAUCUUUAGAACUUGGUUAUACAGAGAAAACAAAUGCAACAUCAUAUUGGGUACCACAAAAAUCUGCUACUAUAAAUGAUUUAAGUAGAAUUCAAACAAACAAUUAUGAUGAUGAUGAAAAGUUGUAUACAAAAAAUAUUGAUCAAGAAGAUGAAUAUGAACAUUCAUCUGAUGUAUCUGAAAAAGUAUCUAAUAUCAGUUAUAUUAAACAUAAAAGUAUAAAUAUUAAGGAACCUAAUUUAUCUAGCAUUAGCUAUACAAUGGAAGUAAAUCCUAAUGAUUUAACUGAGACAGAUAUUGAUGUUUUCAAUGUUAGUAAUAUUGAUGGAGGAUCAGAUGGUGCAGUUAGUGAAGCAGGAACAUAUACAAUUCAUAAAGAUUAUACAGAUGAAGAAAAAGCUAGAAUGGAUAUAGAUAAAGUAUUUAGUGUUGGUGUUUUAACUGAAGAUGAAAGCAAUGAAGCAUGUAUUCAUAGUUUUAAAAUGAGUGUUUCAAGGGAUAAUAAUACAUGGAUAUCAGAAUGGGCUACUCAAGUAGCAGAACAUAAUUCUUUGCCACCAGCAAUUGGUGGAUUAACUGGUCGUACACCUCCACUAAGUCCUUCUAAAAUACCAUCUCCUAUUCAUAACAGAUCGCAACGAUUGAUUCGUGGUCGCAAUGAACAAAGCGAUAGCAGUUUAGAUGCAGAAUCAUAUUUACGAAUAAAAGAAAGAAUUUCAAAUCAACAUAUACUUAUUGAUUCUGGUGGAGAAUCAGAUGAUGAUACUAGUAAUAGUUAUAAUACACCUCCACAAAGUUCACAAAGAACACCAGUACAUGGAGUUUUGGCUAGAAGAGGAAGUCUUUCUGAAUCUCUUUUUAGAAGAAUUAAUACCAACGAAAAUAGAAGAAGUAUUCGCAAAUAUAUAAGUUCAAAUAAAUCAAAGACUGAAGAUAUAAAUACAGAAUUAAGUAGUCCGUCCAAAGAUUUUACUUCUCUUCAUUUAGGAAGACGAAGUAGUUCCUUGGACAGGAAAGAGUAUACAUCUAAUACAGCAGAAUGUAAUACGUCCAAAAAUAAUAGUGUGAAGUAUUAUCAAGAUGAUGAAAUUAAGUAUUCAAAUAGUCCAGUUUUAAAUCGUUUAAGGCCGUCUACACCAAAAUUAACAAAUAGUCCAAUUAUAACUCGUAAAACAGUUACCAAAAUUGUUAAUUCACCAGUGAUGGAAAGAACUAAACAUUUGGCAAAGUCUUCUCCACAAGCAAAAAAUAUUGGAUAUUUUACAUGUGUUGAAAAUAGUCCAUACAUGUUAAGAAAAUCUAAUAGUACUGCAAAUUAUCACGAAGAAAAUAUCGGCUUUAGUACAACAAAUAAUGUUUUUCAAAAUAGUCCAAAUGUUAAAUGUAAUUUAAAUAUCCAAAGAUCAUGUAGCAAUGCAAAUAUUAGAAAUAUAAAAUUACAAAGCCAAUCAUCUCGUCGCAGUAGUUUUAAUAGUAGUGAUAUUGAUAGAACAUCUUUAGGAGGAAGAUAUCUUCCUGCUUCGGACAGUAGUAGUGAAACUGGUGAACAGCAAGUAAAAUCUUCAUUAGGUUCAGUUUCUUCUGGAAUUAAAUUGAAUCGAGCUUUUAGCAUAAGAAGAGCUAGAUUAAAUUGUGAAUCUGAUACAACUCCAAAUACAACUCCUGAAGAAAAACGCAGAAGAGCACAAAGUGAAACAAAAUCAACAUCUUUAAAUAAACAGCAAAAUCGAAAUCGUAUAACUAAUAUGAAUAUAAAUAAUAAAGAAUCUUUAAAAAAAUCAGAGCCUAUAAAACCAAGAACUACAUCUAUAUCAAGAACUGAUAGUACCAGACUUAGUAUGAGAGCACCAAAAUCAUCUCAUCUAACUUCUACUACACAACGUCCUAUUCAGAAAAUAAUUAAAGAUCAAAAGAAAUCUGGUAGAAGUAAUUCAACAUUAACAUCAAAGGAAGUAGAAUUUCAAAAUUGGAAAAGGAGAAAAAGUUAUGAUCCAAUGAAAGCAGCUGCAGAAGGUAGAAAAAAAUUAAUAGAUAAUUCAAAAAAACAUCAUAGUACAGAAGAUAGUUCAGGAAAUCAUGAUAAUUCUGUAUUGCGAUCAGCAAGUUUUCAUGGAACUGGUGCUGCUCUUUCAUUAGCUAAUGAAUGGUCUGACAACGAAAUAAAUAUUGUUCAAAAUGAUAAUCAAGUACCUCCACCAUGUAGCCCACAAUUGGAAAGUGAUAGUGAUAUAGAAACAUCAUAUUAUUUACAAACAACACAAAAUGUAAUGUCAGCUAUGUCAGCUCGUAUUACGGUUUGUCAUUCACCUUUAGUAGAUUCAGAUAAUGAUAGUGAUGAAGACACUAGUCAUAGUUUACAUAAAAGUAUGUCAAAAACAUUACAUCAACCUAGUGAUACAGAAAGCAGCGAUGAUCGUCAUCCUAAUGCACAGAAUGUUCUUUCAAAUACUAAAUAUAAUCGAGCAUUUAGUUUACGCAGAGCAAGAUUAGACAUACAAUCAACAAAAGUACCAGGAAAUAUAAAUAAGAAUAAAUCAAUUAUACAAGAUACUCGAAAAUCUGAAUCUGUUACAAGUAUUAGUAGAACUGAUUCUGGACGUUUUAGUAUGAGAUCAAGCAGAACUGCAAAUACUGGAUCUAAAAUAAAACCAAAAGAAACAAAAAAACCUGCAACGCCAAAUACAAGAGAGGUUGAAAUGCAAAAUUGGAAACGUCGUAAAAGUUAUGAUCCUAUGAAAGCAGCAAUGGAAGGAAGAAGAAAAGCAGGUUUGGCAAAGAAAAAUACGAAUGCCAAUCUUUCUCCAAGUAAUGCUUGCAAUCGUUCAUUUUGUUCUUCUGAUUUUUUUAAUGUAUUUUUGUUAACAUUUUGCGAAAUUUUGGAACUUAUAGAAUUUGGUGUAAAUACUUGAGAAUAAGCAUCUUUUUCAAUAAAAUAUGCUUUUGGCUUGAUUA